AACCUGUUUUUUUUAACUCAAUGUCCCUUUCAGUCCUCAUGAUCACUAUAGACAAGGGUUUUCCAUUUCUCAACUUCUGAGUUUUUAAUCAUUGCCACGUUUGAUUUUGUUGGCAGAACAGAAAGGUGGUCAAGAAGAAAACCCUGAGUGGUCACGGUCGACUUUAUUGUUUGGUGGAAUCAGGACCAUACAGUGAAAGUAAGAGCAACUCGAGGGUCUGGGGCUGAACAGCCGCAUAAGAAAACCACUGAUCAGUGAGACUAACUCAAGAAAAGACUUUGGUUUGAAAACUAGCUUGAAGAUUGGAUGACGGAGCUAUGAUAGAAGGUCAUGUAGUCUGAUGAGUCCAUAGUGACCCUGUUUCAGAGUGGUGGUAAGAAGAAGGGCAGACAAAGAGGUGCAUGCAACAUGUCUGGUCUCUACUGUACAGUCUGUCCAAUAGACGAAGGAAGGUAGCAAAGGGGAGGAGUGAGGAGGUAGGAGGCAUAAAAUCAAGAAUUGUUUGGGAAAAAAGCCACAGCUUAAGCUCUUCUCUGACUUCAAAGAUGGACAUGCAGUUUGGAGGUGACCUCUGCUUCCCACAUCUCUUCAACACCUCCUGCAGGAAACCCAAAUUUUCUUGGACUGAAACUGUGCUCCUUCGCACCAUACUGUCCUUCAUCUCUCUGCUCACCGUGGCUCUCAACCUGCUCGUCAUCAUCGCCAUCUCUCACUUCAGGAAGCUCCACACACCCACCAACAUCCUCCUCCUCUCUCUGGCUGUGUCAGAUUUCCUCGUGGGGCUUCUGCUGAUGCCAGGUGAAAUCGUGCGGCACACAGCCUGUUGGUUUUUCGGCGACCUCGUGUGCUCCCUGUAUAAUUACGUGUCGUACGUCGUCACCUCUGCUUCGGUUGGCGACAUGGUGCUGAUAUCAGCUGACCGCUAUGUGGCGAUCUGUGACCCUCUCCGUUACUCCGCCGCAGUCACGGAGAGAAAAGUUAAAGUCUGCGUGUGUCUCUGCUGGCUCAGCUCUGUCCUGUACAGCAGCGUCAUCGUGAACUCUGACCUCACUCAGCCGGGGCAACACAACUCCUGCCAGGGGGAAUGUGUGAUUGUAGUCGACUACAUUUUGGGAACGAUUGACCUUGUUGCUACGUUUAUUGCUCCGGUCGCGGUCAUGGUUGCGCUGUACAUGAGGGUGUUUGUGGCGGCCGUCUCUCAGGCCCGGGCCCUGCGCUCUCAGGUCACGGCUGUCUCCCUCCAGCUUUCGGUGAGUCUGCCGAGGAAAUCUGAGCUGAAAGCAGCCUGGACGCUGGGGGUUCUGAUGGUGGUGUUCCUCAUGUGUUUCUGUCCGUAUUACUGCGUCAGCCUGGCGGGUGGCGACCUGCUCACCGACUCGUCUGUAUCCUACGUCAUAUUUCUGUUUUAUCUCAACUCCAGUCUGAACCCAGUGAUUUACACGUUGCUUUAUCCUUGGUUCAGGAGAGCUACCAAACUCAUCGUCACGUUUCAGAUCCUGCGGCCCGGCUCCUGUGAGGCCAGCAUUCAGUGAAGUUUCAUAACUAACAUGAACUUGAAAGGAAUAAUUGAAAACUUGCUAAAUUUGUUUUGCUGUUGCAUUUCCACCGUGAGAUUUUGAUGUUUUUUUGUUUUUUUUCCAACAACAUCCUGACCUUUGGAAUCACCAAACAAAAACGAUUCAA